UUUCUCACACACUCACUCUCUCUCUCUCUCUCUCUCUCUCUGCCAAGUUUAAACGACGCCGUUUUGAGGAUCCCUAUUUUCCCCUUCUUCUCUGUCUGUUUUUUCCCUGAAAGGGGAAAAAAUAAUUAAAACGGAGUAUCAGAAAUCAUAAAUAAAUUCCAAAUCAGUUUUAUUUUUUCUUUUCUUUUCUUUUCUGCAUCGUCGAACCUAAUUGGAACAGAAAACAAAAGCGGAUCUCAGCCUCUCAGGAACAUUCUUAAUUGGAUAAUAAAGAGACAAAGUACUGUGUAAAGGCGUGCUCUUUAUACUGCUUGAAGUUGUUGGAUGGCAGAAAAGUCAUGUAUCAAGCGCCUUCAGAAGGAAUACAGAGCUCUUUGUAAAGAGCCAGUGUCCCAUGUUGUAGCUCGCCCAUCACCAAAUGAUAUUCUUGAAUGGCAUUAUGUGUUGGAGGGAAGCGAAGGAACACCUUUUGCAGGUGGAUAUUACUACGGAAAAAUCAAGUUUCCUCCGGAAUAUCCAUAUAAGCCUCCUGGAAUCAGCAUGACUACACCUAAUGGACGGUUCAUGACGCAGAAAAAGAUUUGUUUGUCUAUGAGUGAUUUUCAUCCUGAAAGUUGGAAUCCUAUGUGGUCUGUUUCAAGCAUACUCACAGGGCUUCUUUCAUUCAUGAUGGACAACAGCCCAACCACCGGCAGUGUAAACACCACCACCGCCGAGAAGCAGCGUUUAGCAAAAUCUUCCCUUUCUUUCAAUUGCAAGAACGCAACAUUCAGGAAAAUGUUCCCUGAGUAUGUGGAGAAGUACAACCAGGAGCAGCAGCUUUCUGAACAAGUUCCUCCCGAGCAGGCAUCAUCAGAGACAGUGCCUAAUGACACAAGUCCAAAGGCUCUUUUGGAGAAGAAUUUGGAUUCUACGGAAGAAGGAACGAAAAGAGUAGAACAGUUGAAGGUUGUAAAGAAAAACGGAAAGCAACCAUUCCCAGCAUGGAUGAUGUUAUUACUAUUCUCCAUCUUUGGGGUUGUAAUGGCAUUACCAUUGCUUCAGCUCUGAUAUCUUUAUAGGUAUACAAGGGUCUCUCUAUAAAGGGUUCUCCUAAACUGGCUCCAUAAUAUGUUCUUGCUUAGGGUAUUGUAUAGGGAAAUGAUGAUGGACAUGGAGGCUGUGUCAUAUGUUUUUUUUGGAUGAUUUUCUCCUUUGUGUCUAUGUUGCCAGUUUCAUGGUACUUUUGGUAGUAAAUGCUAUAAGAAAGUUUCAAGCUUUGAUACUCUUGUACCUCUUAAAUCUGUUGAGGUUCAAUCUUCUUGUAGUGUUGGUUGGUGAAACACUCUUA